UUAGAACACUUAAGCUUUUUAAUGCAAUAAUUUAUUACUUAUUUCCCGCUUAAAGUUUGCACCAACGAGUUUGGGUUUUUUCAGGUCAGUGAUUUUCUGUCCCCCUGAUAAAGGACUGUGUCCUCCUUAGGCUAUUUCCUGUCCCCGAUAAAGGAGCGUUUGCGCUCUCAGGUCAAAUUUCAUUAUUUACAAUGCAGGUUUUGUCUGCUGAUGUAGCUGUUAUUUAACAAGUACCUGCAAGGUCGAGGAUGAUGUGAAGUACUACACAAGCUAAAGCUGUCGGACUCAUUUUACACCGAGACAGGAAAUUGGCUUCCACACUUUUCACCCACUGAUGUUCUUGUUCUGUCUGGCUACUGGAUAAAAAGAAAACGUUGUUCAGAUCAGACAAACAUUGACGGAUUUUAUAAUAUUAUUGUCAGAUCGAUUUCGUUGGCCUGUUACCAUGGCUGCUGGAAGUUUUGAAGACAAAGCUUUUGCCAACAUUUGUCGCGGUCUUGGGCAGUUGCUUGCUGAGGGGAACUUCUGUGAUGUCUGCAUCAUCGUCGGGGAAAAACAAUUUUCAUGCCACCGUGUGGUGCUUGCAUCUGUUUCUACGUUCUUUAAGACAUCGUUGAUGAAAGCUUCUCGAGAAGGCUCCAGCUCAGUCAUCGACAUCACUCAUGACGAUGUUUCUCCGGAGUCCUUCGAGAUUUUGAUGAACAUCCUUUACAUAGGAACAGAUGUUGUGAACAAGGAGAAUGGAAAGGACAUACUCAGGAUGUGUGUCUAUUUGCAGGUCAAGUUCCUGGAAGAUCACUGCGUAGAUUUCCUUUGCAAAAACCUUCAGGUUGAAAUUUGCUUGGAAACAUGGCAGUUCGCUCAGAAAUAUGAUCUGGAAACUCUUGCUCAAGCAUGUUACAAAAUGGCAGCUGAACAAAUUAAAUUAAUAUUGCAACAGGAUGAGUUGCUGACUCUACCUAAGUCCAUGCUCCAAGUUCUUCUAUCGCUUCAGACUCAACUAAGCGCCGACGACAUCUGCAAAACCAUACUCCGCUGGGUGGAAGCAAAGCAGGAGGCUAGGUCUAUUCACCUGGCAGAGUUCCUUCCUUUUGUCUGCUUCACCUCUUUGAGUUCACAGUAUCUCUGUGAGCUGGUCUCCUAUCUCAACCACCCUUUCAGAGAAGUUCUCUUUGACAAAAUAAACAACGCCUUGACUUAUAACAUGAAAGGAGUUCAAAAUAAUGACGCCCUGGUCAGGAGGAAGGCUUUGGCCCAACAGUCUCUGCCUCUUUGGACAAAUGAAAUACAAUACCGUGUCGUUAUGUUUGGGGGAUACGAAGUACCCGAGAAUGCUAUGAAAUCUGUGUUCGUACUUUAUCCUGGCGACAAUUUCUCAACCCGUUUCAGCCUGUCACCACUGCCGGAAGAUAACGGGCUGGACUUCGCUAGCUGUGCAUUAAAUAAUCAGGUUUAUGUCAGCGGUGGCUCCCAGCUGCCCACAUUUUUUGCUGUCUACAAACCAGGUGACAACGAGUGGGAGAUGUUGCCCUCUCUUCCAGGUGAGGGUCGGGAAAGGCAUGUAAUGGCUGCCAUGAGUUCUAAUGUCUUUGUCCUUGGAGGACUUGAGAAAAUCCCGAAAAGCAAGAAGGGGAAAAAAGUGGUAUCAUCUAGCAUUCUGAAGUAUUGUAUAAAAAGUAAAGAAUGGAGCGUCUUUGGUCAGCUGCCAGUGGGUGUCGAGGAAGCUGCUGCCGCUGUUCUGGGUCACCGAAUUUACCUGUUCGGCGGCAACGACACAAAGGGAGUGAACACAGACGUGGUGCAGUGCGUGGACACCCUGAGUGGCUGCACGUACCAAGCCGGCAAACUUCCAUCCCCUGCUUGCGGAGCGCGUGCACUGAGCAAUGGAGGACACAUCUACGUGGCAACACCUGCAGGAGACAUUCUGCGCAUGUGGGAGAGAUUCACUGUAGCGGAAGAAAGAGAAAAGAUUCAUGGACAAACGUUAUCAUUCAUCCACUUCCUAAAAAAGGCAAUCAUGAGGCUCCAGACAACAGUAGAGUCGCAGAAGGACGAGCCAACAGUCAGAUUUAAAGAAGUGUCCAAGUUCACAGGGCGUCGUCAUUUUGGUGCUUGCCUGUACCCAGGGGAGAUCAUUCUAUGUGGCGGCCAGAAUGAGGAACGACAACUGAUGAACAGCGUUGAGAGGAAACGUGUAACAUAUGAUAGCAUUACAACAACACAAAACAUUCUUAUGAUGGGGGCAGCUAAAUUUGAUCUGCAUGUGCUGAACAUUCCAUUAGCGUACCUCACAACUCGAGCUUACCUCGUUUCCACUUCCGGCGACAAGGAAACGCUGAACAAACUGCAUCGCGAAACGAUUUUGCCAACAAUGGAAACUCAACCCACAAGGAUAACAACCAUAGAUGCAGCAGUACUUAAUCCCAGUUCUCAGACUAGUACGGCAAUCCAGAACCAAGGAGAGUACAGAAGAGCCAUUCAAAAGGGGAACUACUCUAUAUGUGAUGUCUGCUGGCAUUCUUUCCCUACUAACAUGGAGUUUAGCAUCCACACUUGCCCCUCGGAUGCAUUCUCUCUUCCCCAGCCACCUGUCUGCCAACCAGGUGUCACCCAGACACCAGAGACACAUUCCUCGUAUAGUGAAAACUCUGUGAUUCAGACACUGACGCAGGCAUCCAUUGGACCAAUUGGUGACCACCAGUCAUUAGACCAGACUUCAGUCAUGGGUGUUGGGAUGCAGAUACCAUGCGCACUACAGGCAGAUCCAGCUUCAGAGCUUUCCAUUGAUCAUACAGAAAAAGCUCUGAUAGUAAGUCUUGCAGAUGGAAAGGAAUCCAAAUCUUCCAAAGACGAUAAUGGGGAGCAGGAAAACAACGACAAGAAGUAUGGGAAAAAACUUCCCAUCCUGCUGCCAGACUUCUCAGACGUAGUGGAGAGCAUCAUGAAGAACACUACGACAAAGUGUGAAGAUUGUGGGAAGGACUUCCCCUCCCCAGAAGAACUGAUCAAUCACAUGAAAAAACAUACUGGUGGCAACAUCUACAAGUGCAACGAAUGCCCGUCGGUGUUUACGCUUAAGGAGUCAUGGAGGCGUCACUCAAAGCGUCAUGUGCAGGAGACUCCCUCAGUGUGCACUGUGUGUGGUGUGUUUUUCCAGCGUUCUGAUUCAUGCACAGCUCACAUGCGCACUCAUUUUGGCAAAAAAGCACACAGCUGUGAACACUGCCACAAGGUAUUUGCUUAUCGAAAAGAUUUUACAAUACACAUGAGGAUUCACACUGGUGAGCGACCUUAUGAAUGCAAGGAAUGUGAUGCUGCUUUUGCACAAAAGGGACAUCUGACACGGCAUCUGAAGACUCAUACAGGUGACAGACCACACAAGUGUGAUGAGUGUGGAGCUUGCUUCUCCAUACGCUAUCGCUUGAUAGAACACUGGCGCACACACACAGGGGAGAGACCCUACAGCUGUGAUUUGUGUGAUGCCAGCUUUUCUCAUAGAAAUACCCUCAAGUUCCACAAGAGGAAGCACACAGGUGAGAAACCGUUUAAAUGUGAGUACUGUGAAGCAAGGUUCUCACAUCAGACUCACCUGGUAGUGCAUACUCGCCGACAUACAGGUGAGCGACCAUACAAGUGCAACACCUGCCAGGCUAGUUAUGCUCGAAAGAAUCUGCUAGUUAUUCACAUCCGCAAGCACACAGGUGAACGUCCUUUUAAAUGCACAGAAUGUUCAGCAGCCUUUGCUCAGCGCAAUUACUUGAAGGACCACCUCCGCACUCACACAGGCGAGAAACCGUUUGAGUGUGACAUAUGCCACAUGUUCUUUUCACAACGCACUUCCUUACGGCUACACAAAAAAAGCCACCUCAACCCCCACCCAAAGAAAUCCUCUCACCGGACUCGGAAAGAGGGCAGUACACUUGACCGUAUGAUCAGCUCACUGGCCAAGAAAAAGCAACGCAAAUCAAAGCUUGCCAGAGAAGCCGCUGAAGCAAGGGAAAAGAAAAUCCGGGCAGACUUGGAAGCUAGUAAGGUGGCCAGCAAAGAUGCAAAGCAGGAAGUAGAUGCCCAAGUGAAGAACACCACAAGAAACUCUACCCGAAUUCUGCGGGGCAAGGGAAGCACUUUGGCCACAAAAGCUGUAGCAGAAGCUGAUACUGUCCUUGAAAUGGAUGUCGAUGACAUGGACGUGCUCAGAGCAAGGAAAAAACCAAAGCCAGACCGAAAUCUCCAACAGCUAAGGAAGAUCUUGACACUUUACAUUCACCAGGUAAGCGAGCCAGAAAAAUAGGUCGCAAACCUUCAACACCUAUCAAACUGAAAUUGAAAGUUCCUCAGAGCUAGAGUCGGAAUGUUGAGAAAAGACAAGUGUGAAGCUCCUGGAAGUGAUAUGUGUUGUGGUUGCAAUUCAGUGUGUCGUCUCACCAUGAUGAGGCUGCAAGAUAAUGGUGUCUCUGUAAAUGCAAACUUCAGGAAACAGACCACAUCCAUGCACGCUGAUAGCAUUUGCUGAUAAAAUUUACAGCUGUUGAUAUAUUGCAUUUUUAUCUUUUUAAAACACAUCCAAGUGCUCAUAAUGUAUUUUUGUGUACCACUCAGGCCUACACAUGCAUGUAGAUACAGUUGUACAGAUACAAACCCACUCAUUCAAUAACAUGCACGCAAAUACAUUCCCAUAUAUAAAUAUUAGCCAUCCAUGGAGUUCAGUACAUUUAAAAUUGUAUACAUUCAAAAUCAGUAUUGCUUCAAAGGUGAAUGAGUCCUUAAAUUUAUUUUGAAACUUAAGUGUGUGGGUUUUUUUUUAAAGAUUUUACAGAACAAUGCUGUUUAGAGCUUAAAAAUUACUUUUAUUUUGAGGAGAUAGUUAAUGUUAGUACUUCAAGUUGUGAAUGGCAAAAACAGUAUAAUACAUUAACCUCCCAGUGUUGGAAUAUUUAAAAAAAAAGUUUUCUAAUGAAUAUGUAACAGUAGUUUUUAAAAAGUGACAAAACCAUGAGGUGUUCGUUUGGAAUGAACUGUAAAGUCGAUGAUCUAACAAUCAUUUGCCUUGAAAACAAUUCUCAACCACCAUUUUCAGACUGUGUGACAGACUCAAGGACAUGUUUUUCUGUCCCCAAGACUGGGCGCGGUCUGGUAGUGCAUUGGUUACCACAUGUUGCAAUUAUAGUGAAGGUUGGCUUUCCUGGUUUCAGUUCUCAUCUUGGGCUCGCUGUUCUUUCUCUGCAUGUGGCGUCUGUUUACAGGGCUAUAUAUCAUUAGUUGAGGGCUCAGUGUAAAACACCGUAUGUUAGAUACCCCCUCUCCAACAUUAUGAUGAAGACACAGGCACUGCAGUUGCUCCAUGGAGGCUCAGGAUCCAAUUUGCUAUCAGGCGCUGAUUACAUUGGGCUCAGAGAAAUCAUCGUAGGCUGUUAUAAUGUAGAAGAAUCAGGUUAAUUUGAAUUUUCCUUAAGAGAGGUAGCCUGGAUCAAUAAAUAUGGAGAAUUUGAGGUUUGUGAGAUGCCAUCUCCAUACUCACCAGAAACUAACAAUGUCAGCUUGGCAAAAGCGCCUUUUCUUACCAGUUAUUACUAAUUUUAUAUUUCUCUGUUUCACUAGGAAAUCUUAAUUCUAAUUUUUUUUUGUUUGGGAGCAGGGGGAGGUAUAUUUCUGUGUUAUAUGUAUAUAGUAUGAUGUUCUUUUAAAGAUAAUCCAUAUUUUGAAAGGUGUGCUUUUGAAAUUGUUCAGCAUGUUGAUAUGUUCUCAGUUGCUAGAUGUGAUUGCUUGUGUGAAUACACAUUUGAUACACUGAACAUAUCUUCUUCAAGAGUUUGUCCCUUUAGCCUGAAAAUAGACAUAGUGGCCUCUAUAAGUGUGGUUGUGUGCAUGUGCAUUUAUCAGCAAACAUGUAUUUGAGCAUAAAUGCAUGCAAAUGUGUCCAUUCAUGCAAGUUCAUGUACUAAUGCUCAUUUGAAGUUUGCCAGAAAUGUGAAGUACUUCCUUUCAUCAUGUUUAUGCAUAUACUUAUGAUAGAAACAAAGCAAAAAAAAACCAAAAACAAUCAUAUAAGGGAGUGGGGAAAAUUUUGACUCUUUACUGAGCAUAAAAGGAUUCUAGUGGUGGUUACUAGAUUUAUGGAGCAGGUAAGAGCAGUUAAGAAAAUAUUUGUCUGUGGAGAUGGUCAUGACACUUGUUGUGACAGUUAGGAAAGACUGUUUCACUAAUGGAAAUAAGUGCACAAAUGGUAUUCAUACCAAAACUCUGAUACUCUAAGACUGUAACAGUGUUAUUUGGUAAAUAAAUAUAGCAUGCAAUCUGAAAUUUUUCAUUAUAUCAGUACUCUAGGUUGCAACUCCACAUUUAUGAACAGUAUUAGUCACAACCAUAUAGAAGGAAGCAUUUUGAAGAUGCAUAAAUUAGAGAAUCUUCACAAAGAUAUAUUUUAAUGGGAAUUGUUCAGUAACGUUAGUUUCAUGUACCCUUGACUGUCUGUGGUCACAUAUGAACAGAUUUAAAGGAGAAUAAUGCAAUGUAUGAUACUGUUUAUAUGCAUAUCAUGCAUUUUGUUUGUUAAAACUUUUUCUUUAUUGAGAGAGCUUAUUUGUUGCAACUGGUUAAAUUUUAGAACCAGCCCAGCAACGACAAUGUAAAAUAUUGUAAAUGAGAAAAUCUAUGCAACAGGUUUUGUCAUUUUUACAGGUAAACCUCACCAUCUAAAAGUUUUUUUUUUUUUUAAUCCUGCAGUCAUUCUUAAUAUCAGCUUGUGAUUAGAGGCAGAGUGAUUCAUCUGAUAGUGAAAUUUGCUUUGUAGUGUUUUGUCCUGAUGACUACAGGUUUAGCAUGUUCACACAACUGAGACAUCCAUGUAGAGUAUCAAAUAUUUGCUCUGAGCUUUAUUUUCCCUUUCUCUCUCACCUUAUUUGUAUCAUAAAUGUGGACAUUCCUGAGGAAAUCAAAAGAUCUACUCCAUUGUGAGCACAUGCACGUUUCUUUUCUGUGUAUAUACUCGCAUGCACGUUUGUGUGCAGAUUCAUGUGUGUAUGCAGUUUAUUUGUACAUUAAGAUUACAUAGUUUAUUAUAUUUGCCCAUUUUAUAAAGAUGAGUGUGAUGUCUUACCCAAUUUAGAGGAACAUGAGCUUUUGUAUUUGUCACCAAAGAAACUUUGAGUACAUUGUGAAACCACAUUUACUGGAAAGCAAAUUUCACAUUCAUUUCACUCAUAAAAUGAAGGUUGUAUAUAAUAAACACACACACACACACAUAUCAUUCUUACAUGUUUAAUUUCUGAAAGUUCAUCCACCAAAUAUCUGCUGCUUCUCAAUUUAUUUUCUUUCAAAUAAGCAUAUGUAAGAUGCCUCACUGCUACUGCUGUUCAAUGGAAAAAUCAUAUAUCAUGUAACUAAUGCUCAUUGCCCAAAAUGAGUGCGACUUAUGCCACAGUUGCAGUUCUGCUUACUCAAAUUAUCCAUAGAAGCUAUAUAAAUGCAACACUAAUGAUUGGUUGGACAUCCAUCGGAGGUGAUAAUUGGCAACUGGUCAAAUGAGCAGUUUCAUUUCUUGGAGAGGAAGGAUAAUAUUGUGUCGAACAAGCAGGUGCAUACAUAUCCAAGUUUAUAUUUUCUCAUGGCGAAUCAGAUGUUUUAGUGACUGAAACUGAGGUGUCAUGUUUGUGAUUUAGAUGUUGAUUUGUGGAAGAUUUGUGCAUGGCAAAUGGGAUGUUUCUUUAUAUAAAAAAAUGAAACAUUUCA